AUGUCAAUAGCGAUCAUGCCUCACCUGCCUAUCACUUUUACACUCUCCAUCCUCCUCGCACUUUCUUCUAAUGAAGCGCAAGGAGUUGAGAGUGCGACAAGGACGGCAAACGAAGCUAUACGAACGGGAAUCGGCACAAAACCGGAAACGGAAGUAGCGGACGCCACAGAGGCGGAAGCCCCCGUGCGGGAGGUGAUAUCGCUGCUGGGCGUAAUCGAUGGUGCUGAGUCCGUUAUCCUGGUUCCCGACGCCGCCGACAAGUGUCCUGGCGGCUAUUUCCACUGCAAUACCACGGCGCAGUGCGUUCCGCAGCGGGCCAACUGCGACGGCAGUGUCGACUGCGAUGACGCAUCGGAUGAGGUGAACUGCGUGAACGAGGUGGACGCCAAGUACUGGGACCACCUGUACAGGAAACAGCCCUUCGGGAGGCACGACAAUCUCAGGAUUGGCGAGUGCCUUUGGCCCAACGAAAACUUUUCCUGUCCCUGUCGAGGUGACGAGAUUCUGUGCCGAUUUCAGCAGCUAACCGAUAUUCCAGAGCGACUGCCGCAGCACGAUCUGACAACGCUCGAUCUAACGGGAAACAGUUUCGAAACCAUCCACGAGACCUUCUUCAGUGAACUGCCAGACGUCGAUAGCUUAGUGCUGAAGUUCUGCUCAAUCCGUGAGAUUGCCUCGCAUGCAUUCGAUCGCCUGGCGGACAGCCCACUGAGGACCCUUUAUAUGGACGAUAAUAAAUUACCGCAUCUGCCGGAGCACUUCUUUCCCGAGGGCAAUCAAUUGAGUAUUCUCAUUUUGGCACGCAACCACCUGCAUCAUUUGAAACGAAGCGAUUUUGUGAAUCUACAGAAGUUACAGGAACUGGACCUUCGCGGCAAUCGCAUAGGAAACUUCGAAGCCGAGGUCUUUGCCCAACUAACGAGUUUGGAAGUGCUCUAUCUGAACGAAAACCACUUAAAGCGUCUGGAUCCAGAUAGAUUUCCCAGAACCCUGCUCAAUCUGCACACUUUGUCCUUGGCUUACAAUCAGAUCGAGGACAUCGCCGCGAAUACAUUCCCCUUUCCACGCCUUCGACACUUAUUUCUGGCUGGCAAUCGAUUAUCCCACAUACGCGAUGAAACAUUUUGCAAUCUCAGCAAUCUGCAAGGAUUACACUUGAACGAGAACCGGAUCGAAGGAUUCGACCUGGAGGCCUUCGCCUGUUUGAAGAACCUGAGCUCCCUGCUCCUAACGGGCAAUCGCUUCCAGACCCUUGAUUCGCGGGUCCUAAAAAACCUGAGCAGCCUGGAUUAUAUUUACUUCUCGUGGUUCCAUUUGUGUAGCGCCGCCAUGAACGUCCGGGUCUGUGAUCCACACGGCGAUGGCAUCAGCAGCAAGUUGCACCUGCUGGACAAUCAGAUACUGCGAGGCAGUGUCUGGGUGAUGGCCUCGAUUGCCGUGGUGGGCAACCUAUUGGUCCUGCUCGGCCGCUACUUCUACAAGUCACGGAGCAACGUGGAGCACUCGCUCUACCUUCGCCAUUUGGCGGCCAGCGAUUUCCUCAUGGGCGUUUACCUCACGCUGAUUGCCUGUGCGGACAUCAGUUUUCGCGGCGAGUAUAUCAAAUACGAGGAGACCUGGCGGCACAGCGGCAUUUGUGCCUUCGCAGGCUUCCUCAGCACCUUCAGCUGCCAGUCGUCGACGCUGCUGCUCACAUUGGUCACCUGGGAUCGUCUGAUGUCGGUGACGAGGCCCCUCAAGCCACGGGAUACGGAAAAAGUUCGCAUUGUCCUGCGUCUCUUGCUGUUGUGGGGCAUAAGUUUCGGAUUAGCUGCAGCUCCACUCCUUCCCAAUCCCUACUUUGGAAACCAUUUCUAUGGCAACAAUGGUGUCUGCUUAUCGCUGCAUAUCCACGAUCCCUAUGCGAAGGGUUGGGAGUACUCGGCGCUGCUGUUCAUCCUGGUCAAUACGUUGUCACUGGUCUUCAUCCUCUUUUCCUACAUUCGUAUGUUGCAAGCGAUAAGGGAUUCGGGUGGCGGAAUGCGCAGCACUCACAGCGGUCGCGAGAAUGUGGUAGCAACUCGCUUUGCCAUCAUUGUGACCACCGAUUGCGCCUGCUGGCUGCCAAUCAUCGUGGUCAAAGUGGCUGCUCUUUCAGGCUGCGAAAUCUCGCCCGAUCUUUACGCCUGGCUGGCGGUUCUUGUGCUGCCAGUGAACUCGGCCCUCAAUCCAGUGCUCUACACAUUGACCACUGCGGCCUUUAAGCAACAGCUGCGUCGCUAUUGUCACACCCUGCCCAGCUGCUCGCUGGUGAACAACGAGACCCGAUCCCAAACGCAGACUGCCUACGAGUCCGGACUGAGUGUCAGUCUGGCGCACUUGGGCGGCGGUGUGGGCGGCGGGUCGGGGCGAAAGCGGAUGUCCCACCGGCAGAUGAGCUAUCUGUAGGCGGCGCAACUGUCUUAAAAUGCAGCACGAGAUCAACAGACUUACAUACAAGUGGGGCUAGUGGGUGGGUGGCAUUACCACAGGACACUUCCAUGUAAUUGGUCCCUUAAACUGUUGGUAAUAUACGUACUUAUUAUUAUUCUGAUAUCAAUUUUAAAUUACUUAUAACAAGACAAUUAUGUUUCUGAAUUUCUGCAAACCUUAGACAAGAGAUUCCAG